UUUUAUGUAAAGUCAACAUGCUGGCUCAGAAGCACAAGCUCCUUUUUACUGGAUUAUUGAUUUUCAUCUCAGUGCCAUGGACUUGGUGUGUUUCAGAAGAAGAGCUUCAUGCCAGCUACUGGAACAACAAAGGGUGGGAGGCUCUUCAAACCGCCAUUAACAUUCAGCCGAAUAACCACCAGGCCAAGAACAUCAUCCUCUUCCUGGGGGAUGGUAUGGGGGUGCCGACGGUGACGGCCGCUCGGAUCCUCAAAGGCCAGUUGGCAGGAAAAUCAGGGGAGGAGACCAGCCUGGUCAUGGAUACCUUUCCUUACCUGGCGCUGUCAAAGACGUACAAUGUUGACCAGCAGAUGCCAGACAGCGCUGGCACAGCCACAGCUUACUUAUGCGGGGUGAAGGCUAACUACGGCACCCUGGGUGUCACUGCCGCCACUCCGAGGUCCAACUGUAGUGCAAGCUAUGGGAAUGAAGUCAAAUCAGUUCUGUACCGUGCCAAGAAAGCAGGAAAAUCUGUGGGCAUUGUCACAACAACUCGAGUGCAGCACGCCUCUCCUGGUGCAAACUAUGCUCACACUCCUGAUAGAGGGUGGUAUUCUGACUCCGACCUCACCUCUGAGGCAGUCCAGAAUGGAUGUCGUGACAUUGCAUAUCAGCUGAUCAAGAACGUAGAAAUAGAUGUCAUUCUUGGUGGAGGACGUCAGUACAUGUUUCCUAAUAAUGUGAAAGACCCAGAGUAUCCAGAUUAUAGAGGGGACCGACGUGACGGACAAAAUCUUGUUUCUGAGUGGCUUAAGAAAAAAAUGAGAGCUAAAUAUGUUUGGAACAAAGCUCAGUUUGAUGCUGUCAAUCCUGCCGAAAUAGACUUCCUGAUGGGUCUAUUUGAGCCCAAAGACUGUCGCUAUGAGUUGGAGCGGGAUCCCACUAUGGACCCAUCGCUCACUGAGAUGGUGGAGAAAGCAAUAAAGAUUCUCAGCAAGAACCCCAAGGGUUUUUUCCUCUUUGUGGAAGGUGGGAGAAUUGACCAUGGGCACCAUGAUGGGAGGGCCAUAAGAGCUCUGCACGAGGCCGUGGAGCUGGACCGGGCGAUUGGGCGAGCAGCUGAACUCACCAGUGAACAGGACACCCUGUCUGUGGUCACCGCUGACCACUCCCACGUCUUUGCCUUCGGAGGCUCUUCUGCCAGAGGAAACUCUGUGUUAGGUGUGUCUCGCUCAUUAGGAACCGACAACAAGCACUUCACCACUGCUGUGUACGGGAACGGACCAGGAUACCAGAUUGUAAACGGAACUCGCCCGGAUAUGAAUGAGUCAAUUUCAUCGGGUAAAGAUUACCGUCAGCAGGCUCCUGUCCCUCUGAAGUCAGAGACCCAUGGCAUAGAGGAUGUAGCCAUCUUUGCCAAAGGUCCCAUGUCGCACCUCUUCCACGGUGUCCAGGAGCAGAGCUACAUCGCCCAUGUCAUGGCAUUCUCUGCCCGUUUGGAGCCCUACGACAACUCCAGACCACCCAACCACGCCGGAGCCAUGGGCCCGAGCCUGCUGCUCCUCCUGUUGGGCCUUCUCCUCAUCUCGCUCUACUCAGUCUGAGCCUGAGAUGACGGCCUCUGGAGAAACUGUGCAGAAGUUGUAAUAACCAUGCAAUCAGACAUUUUUGUUGAAAAAAGAGAAAAUCUUCACAUUGUACUUUUUGUGAAGAACUGACUGGGGGGGGGGUUCUGCUUAUUCUUGUGACCUUGUUAAAAUGUGUUAUUACUGCAAAGAGUAACAGUCAUGUAACACUCCAUUUAUUUAUAUGAAAAUAUAAUACAUUUUAACAUUAAAGUAUGUUUGAAUAAAGAAGAUAGUUCCUUAUUAUGCUGGUUAUAGAUUCUUCUCAUG